GAGCCCGGUAUCAGCAGCGGCGGACAUGAAGCUGCUAACACUUCUGUGCUGUUGUGCGACUGUGCCCCUGAUCAGCUCGGCUGCUCUGAUUGACCCGUUGAUUUCAGAGUUCCACAAGUUCCUGAAUGACGUCUGCGAAAAAGCCAAUGGAGCCUGGCCGGAAUUCUACACCGUUCCCAGCGCUGAAGAGACUCUUGUAAAGGACGACGACGGCUGGGUGCUGCUGGACCACGGACACUUGCAGAACCUCCAGAACAUGUCGCGAAAUGGAGACUGCACGGUGCAAGUGGACGGCGACGAGGCUGUGGUGACCACGGAUGUCUUCUUCGAAGAGGUGGAGUUCACGUACGACUUCUCCAUCGACAGCGGCAGCAUCCCGCACGCGUCGGGCUGCCUGUACGGCUCGCUGUUCGACCUCCGCGGGCGGCUGGUGGUCGCUGCUGACGUCAGCAACACCUCACACGUCACGGCCUGCGCGCGCAGCCUGCAGUUGAGCGGGCCCGGAGUGCUGGAAGUGGACGAAGCGUCUUUAGUCAACCUAUACGGCCGAUUCUCAGAGGACGUAUCCGUCGCCAUCGAGAACAUGUUGGAGAAAGAGAUAUUUCCGUUUCUCGAACGUCGUUUCGUGAACUUGUUGAACAGCACACUCGCGAACAUGAGUUUCAACGUGAGUUCCGGCACAUGCAACGCCAGCUCUCCGGAGAGAAUCGAUUGCGAACAAUGCCAAACUCGGCAAGCGCCCAACAAGCUCGUCAGUAAAAGUACAUCUUUAAAAGAUGCAAUUUUCGGCCAUGCGGGAAUUUAUCACAGCGAGCCCACAAUAAAUCGGACCGUCAACAUUUAUCUCGCCCCAAGGGAAAACACAAGUCACGAAGGUGUAAAACCCAGCGGGAGAGAUAUUUCUUGUGGCACUACACGCACCACUGAAAAAUAUAGAAAUAACAAAACCAGCACGAGGAAAAUUUUCUUCAGUUACGCUAACCACCCAACUUCAGAAGCAGACACAAAGCCUUUGGUCGCUGGCGAAAAAUCAGCGUCGAAAGACUCCCUGACUACUUGUUUCAACAAUUUGUUCGACAUUCUGUUGAACAAGACGGACCGCCAGUUCGCACUUCAGAACCCGAAACCUUACGGCGUACCAGGAGAAGAGGAAGAGCUGUAUCAGACGUCGGACGGCUCGGUGAAGCUGCUCGGAGGGAGGCUGAGCGGGUUGAACACCCUGGCGCUCAGCUCGGAGCUGACCGUCAGGAGGCGAGGCGCCGCGGCCGCCGUCUCAGCGGGCGUCAGCUUCCUCGGCGUCGCGUACUUCUUCAACUUCGCCGCCAACAGCAGGACGUUUGCCAACGUGUCCGGGACAGUUCACGGGAACGUCACCAGGCUGAGCGGGGAGCUGAGCUUCGUUGCCAACCUGACAGACCCGGCGGCCGUCACCGCCGCGCUGAAGAGCUUCCAGCUGCUGCCAACCGUGGAGGGAUUCACCACGAACGUAAGCUACGCGGAGAACCUGACUGGCGGCGACCUGGCCCACGAGGUCUCCGAGGCUGUCGUGUCCUGCUUCGAGGACCUCGUGUUCGGCGGGCUGCAGGACGCGGCGAGGAAGGUCCUGCGAGGGGAGAUCGCCGCCGGCCGCCUGGACCUGAGCUCGUCGCUCGGCGUCUCGACGACCACAGGGUCUUCGACAACCACAGGGUCUUCAGAACCUACAGGGUCUUCGACUACCACAGGGUCUUCAACAACCACAGGGUCUUCGACAACCACAGGGUCUUCGACAACCACAGGGUCUUCGGCGACCACAGGGUCUUCAAACACCACAGGGUCUUCGACAACCACAGGGUCUCCGACAAACCUCAGCAGUCCCUCCACCACACGCAAACCGAAUUCCUCGUCGUCUCUCAGCACGAUGAACGCACGUGUCCUCAUCAUCGUACUGCACGCGACCCUCGCCGUUUUCAGUGUCCGCUGAAGAAACUGCCUCUGCAUCAGUAAUUUUUUUUAUUAUAGAGACAAGGGCGCACCAGAGGGAGGGUAGAGGAGGGGGCAGUUCCCCCCCCCCCCAACUAGAGCCCUAGAGAUUCAAAAAAAUACAUACUUUUCCAAGAACUUGCCCCCCCCCCCCUAGGCCAUCGGCUAGCCAUCGGCUGGCGACGCCCUUGUAUAGAGAAUCCGUUUCUAAGACACGCGGGUUUUAAAUAUUUUUUUUUAAAAUUUUGACUUCAAUCUAGGGUUGGGUCAAUCGAAACAUCGAAUCCUCGAAUAACAUCAAAUCUUUGGUAUUCGAAAGGAUUCGAUUUUUGGAGGAAAAAGAUUAUAAAAAAAUAUCAGAGUAUUUGAUUCUAAUUUUUAAUGAAUUAUGAAUAAUCGCUAAUGCAACUGACCUUUAUUUAAAAGCAGAACUUCUAAAAUGACAAACUUUCAUACAAACUUCCUUAUUUAACCUCCAUAGGGGAUGAUUUAAAAAGAAAAUCCUUUCAUAGUGCUUAGCUACGUUGUAUAAGGAACUACUAUGCAAAAUUCAUGUAUCUAGACCCACAGAUUUAAGCUGUGCAUUGUCUACCAGUUAGUCAGUGUUAGCGUUUUAUUAAGUAGAUAUAAAGAAAAUUAAUAAAUUUCACACUGAUAACCUGU